GGCCACCCGCCCCACGCCUCUUCCGGGUCCCGGGCUUCGCGGCAGAUUCGUCGCGAUGUGCCCGCGGGCACCGGCCUCACGGACUCGAAAAAAUUCAGCGGCAGCUCUGCCAGCGCAUGGGAAGCUCGUGCCCCGAGGUCUCACAGCCUAGGCCACGAACCGCGUGCAGAACUGGGCCUCGGCGGCCGUGCCGAAUCAGCGGAGGGAUAGCAGCGGCGGGGCGGCCGGGAGCGCGCGGGGAGACUCCGGGACCCAGCGGGGGCUCCGUGGCCGUCUCACCUGAGUCUCCCAUGGACUCCAGGAUGGACCCAGCUGUCUCUGCAGUCCGGCUCACCGUCCGGGAAGCAGUUCACACUCUUUCCUCCUCCGAGGAUGGCGACCGCAUCCUUUCCACGCUGGGGUCCCUGAAGCGGUAUCUCGGUGGAGCGGAGAACCCGGCCCUUCCCGGGGAGCAGGAGGAGUUUGCCAGGAUGCACUUCUCAGCCCUGCUCCGGUGUCUGGUGGGCAGGCUGAGCCCCGCCUGGCUGGAGCUCCUGCCGGGCGGCCAGCUGGAGGCACCAUGGGCCAGCUUCUUUCUGGAGGGCCCUGCGGACCAAGCCUUCCUGGUGCUGAUGGAGUCCAUCGAGGGCAUGGCUGGCCCGAGCUUCCGUCUGAUGAAGAUGGUGCAGCUGCUGGCCCAGUUCCUGGGCGCCGGCAGGGUGGCCGCCGUGAUGGAGAGCCAGUGUUGGCAGCUGGCCGAGCCGGCCUUCCCGCUGCUCCAGGAGACGCUCCUCGCCAAGCUGGUGGGCCUGCCCGACCACCUGGGCAACCGCCUGCAGCGGGAGAACCUGGCUGCCUUCCUUCCGCAGAACUACUUCCCUCUACUCGGCGAGGAGCUCCUGCGGGUGCUGCAGGCCGUGGUGGACUCUCUGCGAGAUGGCUGGGACUGCUCCAUCUCCUUCUUGUCUCAGGUGCUGGGGAAAGCCUGUGUCCACGGGAGACAGAAGGAGAUCCUGGGCGUGCUGGUGCCACAGCUGAUGGCCCUCACCCAGGGCAACUGCCUCUGGCAGCGGGUCUGUUGGCGCCUGGUGGAGUGUGUGCCCGACCGGGCCAUGGAGGCUCUGCUAACCGGACUGGUGGAGGCCGCCUCGGGGCCUGAAGUCCUCUCCCGGCUGCUGGGGAACCUAGUAAUGAAGAGUAAGAAGGCCCGGUUUGUGAUGACCCGAAAAAUUCUGUUCCUACAGUAUCGAUACUCGACACCCAUGCUACAGAGCCUGCUGGGGUACCUGGCCAUGGACAGCCAACGGCGCCCACUCCUCGUACAGGCGCUGAAGGAGCUCCUGGAGACGUGGGGCAGCAGCAGUGCCAUCCGCCACGCGCCUCUGCCUCAGCAGCGCUACGUCAGCAAGGCUGUCCUCAUCUGCCUGGCAAACCUGCGGGAGGCAGAGCUCCGGGACAGCCGGGACGAGCUGCUGGCCAGCCUCAUGGCGGGAGUGAAGAGUCGCCUGGACAGCAGCCUGCCUGCCGUGCGCCGCCUGGGCAUGAUUGUGGCCGAAGUAGCCAGUGCCCGGAUCCACCCCGAGGGCCCUCCCCUGAGGUUCCAGUAUGAAGAUGAUGAAUUGAGCCGAGAGCUGCUGGCCCUGGUGGCGGCCCAGCCUGUGGCUGACAGCCCCUCGGAAGCGAGCCCGGCUGUUGCUCCAGUGGCUGCAGAGGCUCCUGACAGAGGGAGCACGGAAGGUGGUGGUGUUCCGGCCCAGGCGGAGGGCGCGGGCUCUGACCUGGACAGUGACGACGACCUUGUCCCCUAUGACAUGUCCGGGGACCAAGAGCUGAAGAGCAGUAAGGCGCCUGCCUACCUCCGGGACUGUGUGGAAGCCCUGACCUCCUCGGAGGACUGGGAGCGCUGGGAGGCAGCUCUGCAAGCUGUUGAGGGGCUGAUCGUCAGGAGCCCAGCCGCCACUCGCGAGGUGAGCGUGGAGCUGGCCAAGGUGCUGCUGCACCUGGAGGAGAAGACGAGCGUGGUGGGGUUCGAGGUGCUGCGCCAGCGAGCCCUAGUGGCAGUCGUGGUCACAGACCCGGCCCCGGUAGCGGAGUAUCUGACCUCACAAUUCUAUGCCAUCAACUUCAGCCUCCGGCAGCGCAUGGACAUCCUGGACGUCCUGACCCUGGCGGCCCAGGAGCUGUCUCGGCCGGGGCGCCUCCCCAAGGCUGCCCAGGUCGGCUCCCCGAGUCCCGCCUCCCCGUCCAGCAGCACCGAGGCUCCCGCCUGGCGGGUGGUCGUGGAAGAGCGGAUCAGAAACAAGACCCGGCGGUUCUCUCAGGGCUCUGCCCGGCGGGGACCGGAUGCUGGCCCCAACGAAUUCAGCUUGGUAGCUGGCUGGUUCUUCUUCCCCCUCAUUCAGCACUUUGACAGGCCUCUGGUGACCUUUGACCUUUUGGGAGAGGACCAACUGGUCCUUGGGAGAUUGGCCCACACUUUAGGAGCCAUGAUGUACCUGGCUGUGAACACCACGGUGGCUGUGCCCAUGGGCAAGGCCCUCUUGGAAUUUGUGUGGACCCUUCGUUUCCACGGUGAUGCCUACGUGCGCCAAGGCCUGUUGUCUGCGGUCUCCGCUGUCCUGCUCAGCGUUCCGACUGCUCGGCUGCUGACUGACCUGCCAGACGAGCUGCUGGAAGCUGGGCCCUGGCUGGCGGAUGUGGCGGAGCAGGACUCCGACGAGGACUGCAGGGUGUUGGCUGUGAAAGCAUUGCUGCUCCUGGAGAAGCUCAAAGACACACUCCUCCCGCUGACGCCUCCUUAGCCUGAGUGCUCCAGCAGUGGUCCACGCCAGGGCCUCCGGCACUGCCCCGCGGACACGGCAUCCCCGGAGGGAGGAGCUGCUGGGGCCCCUGUGGGCUGAUUCUCCGCCUGUCCCCAAGCCCCUUCCUCACCCAAAUGCAGGAGACUUUUAAAAAAAUAAAAAAGGAGAAGAAAAAGGA